AUGGCGGAGAAGCCAACGAUUUUUGAAAGGGACAAACUCGAGAACGAAAAUUUCGUCGGUGCGGGAGAGUUUGGAGAGGUGUUCUGUGCUGUACUGCGACACACGGACGAUGUGGUCGCCGUGAAAAUCCUCAACACACCUCAGCGCCUCAAAAAGAUGUACGUACACGUUGUAGAGAGUUCUAAAGAGGCGAGUAUUCUUCAGAGACCGCGGGGACACGUCAAUGUCGUGCAACUGAUGGGCAUCUGUGUCGGUAUCAACCCACUCCACUAUGCUCUCGUACUGGAUUAUGUUGAUAACGGAAAUCUAGAAGACUUGUUGCUGUAUGAACGAGAGAAGCAGCCGAUUGUGAAGCAGUGGAACUGUCGUUGUAGCAUGGGGUUGGAUGUGUCAAGGGGAAUGUUGUAUAUUCACAAUCAGAAGGAUCUGAUCACUCUGACACACUUGAAAAGCUCUCAUGUGCUCGAGACGCAAACUUAUCGCUGCAAGGUGAGAGCAUCUAGCUUGUGA